AUGAAGCCCAGCCUCAACAACAAGCUGAAUUCCGCCAGGGGUUCAGCUGCUUGGACCACAUCCAGACCGUGUCGAGGUAUUGAGGUUUGCUGGGAAUACCUUGUUCUAACCUUCGUCGACUAUGAGAAAGCCUUUGACAGCCUAGAAACGAAUGCAAUACUGUCAGCACUGGUCGAUAAAGGUGUGGACGCGUCGUAUGUGAGGGCAUUAGCCAAUCGAUGCACGACUAGGAUACAGCUUUUCCACCGCCCUCUCACCAUACCCAUUGGAAAGGUGGUACGACAAGGCGAUACUAUAUCGCCGAAGCUGUUCACGGUUGCAUUGCAAUGGAUAACGAAAUCACUAUUCUAG